UACGGGGAGACGUGUGUGGUUACAGAUGGACCAGCCGUGGAACUAAAUAAAAUAAAGAAGAGGUUGAAGGAGAUGGAAGAAGAGCAGGCGGCUCUCCGCGAAUUGCAGGCCAAAGUCGAGACCGAACUUAUUCACAAAAAGAAAGUCGAGAAGGAAAUGGGUGUCGUGCAAGACCCUGAUACUGAUGUUGCAGACCAGGCGGAUAAGGAAGAAGUGGACGCUCGUUAUAUAUUUGUUGGCAAUGUGGAUUAUGAAUGCACUCCUGAGGAAAUACAGCAGCAUUUUGUAUCAUGUGGUACAGUUAAUAGGAUUGUUGUUAGGACCGAUAAGUUUGGGAAGCCAAGGGGAUAUGCAUUUGUUGAAUUCGUUGAGGAAGAAUCUGUUCACGAGGCUCUUCUUCUAAAUGGAUCUGAGCUUCACGGACGCCAGCUUAAGGUAAAAGGCAAACGAACUAAUAUUCCAGGCAUGAACCAGCGGCGUGCAGAUCCUUGUUUGUGCUCUCAGGGCCAUGCACCAUGUGAAGCAGUUAUGGGCAUGAAGCAGCAGCGUGCAGAUCCUUGUUUGUGCUUUCAAGGCCA